AUCGCCUCAAGAUCGGAUUUCAGACAGAGUUGACUCGCCGGUUAACUCGGUCACACCUCCACAGGAUCGGACCUCUCUUCAGCUUCAUCUUUUCCGGUGCAUAACACACUUCAAGCUAAGAAGGCCAAAGCAUAAAAUGGCAGCUAAUGUUGAGCAGCAACUUGCUACACUGUUGUUUUGGGGAGGUGAAAUAACAAAGAAUGGAGAUAUGGGGUCUAUGGAUUAUUCAGAACCACCAAAAACUAUGUGUUUCUUGAGCCAUAGCAGCAGCUAUGAUGAGCUCGAGACAAAAGUGCACGCGGCUAUGGACACCAAUGCAGACAGAACCAGACUCAUUUUGUUUGGUAGGCACCCGAUGAUCAUUCCUGGGGGGCAAACUGUGUUCGUUCCUAUUCCCCUAACCGACGAUCAAUCAUGGAAAUGGUUUCUGCAAGUGGCAUCAGUGUCGCAACCUAUACAUGUGUAUGCCACCGCUAAAAGGAGAACAGAUAGUCAAUCGCGUGGCCAAGCGCCACUUCUAAGUCCUCGGGAUUAUGGUGAUGGGUACAGUUCAGAAUGGCUUGCUGGUUUAUGUUCACUGAUAUUCAACAAAGCUGUGAUGGUGCCUGCCUUUUCUGAGAUGUUUGCAGAUAUUUUUUAUUGCCUUAGCAGCAUUCUGCCUGAGUUAUGUGUGGAUGAUAAGAAAGUGAGCUUUAAGAGGUUACUUGUUAAUUGCUGCCAGCAGGAAUUUGAGAGGAGUGAAGCAGAUAGAGAGUUUGCGUCUGAUCAGGAAAAGGUGAUACAUAUGAGGAGGAAGCGGGGAAACAUUAAACUAAUCGGGGAAUUGUACAAGAAAAGGAUGCUAACAGAAAGAAUCAUUCAUGAGUGCAUCAAGAAAUUACUCGCCGGGGGGCGGUAUGAUGAGAAUCCAGAGGAGGAAGAUGUUGAAACCCUUUGUCACCGAUGCACAUAGUUGGUGAGACCAUAGACCACCCCAAAGCCAAGGAGCAUAUGGAUUUGUAUUUCGAAAUGUUAUCAAAGUUGAUAGAUCACCCAACUUUGUCUUCUAGACUUAAGGAAAUGUUGGUUCAUUUGGUUGAUUUGAGGGAAAAUAAGUGGCAGAAGAUUGGGAAGUUAGAAGGCUCCAAAAUGUUCGAGGAUUUUCACCCGAGUUCUUAAUGCGUAUCCUCUAGGGUGCCUUGGCUCGUGUCCUGCCACGAACAUUGGGGUUUCAGGCUAUAUAUUGUCAUCAUGCAUCAGCUCUGUUAUCUGCAAUUCUGCAUCAACUCCCUAAAAGCCUAAUUAACUGUCUACAUUUUCUUCAUUGUCUAUAUGCCAUCACAAAAAUUCAUGGAUGUGGUGGGACUCUGACCAAUGUCUGUAAUUAGAUAUAGUUUCCUUGCGGGACAGGGCUGGCUAUCAAUGUAUUACAACACUAUGUUUUGGUUUUGUGAAUGUGUGGCAGUAUUUUUAUGAACUUCUAUAAUAUCAAUCAUAUUUAAUACAA